CCGCGCGGGGGGCGGGGCGCGCGGCGCCGCACGCGCGGUGAGGGCAAGGCAGGGAAGGCGGCUCGCGCCUCCCGCGCCCACCGGAGCGGGGGCACCCGGCGGGGCGGGGCCGCGGCACGACUGCACCAAGAUGACACCAGCCACUCGACAAGAAGUUCUCGGCCUUUACCGCAGGGUUUUGCGAAUAGCCAGGACCUGGCAGUCAGCAUCAGGACAGACAGAGGAAACCAUGAGAGAGAAGGAGUACAUCAGAAAUGAAGCCAGAACGUUAUUCCGAAAAAACAGAAACGUCACUGAUCCAAAGCUGAUUAAGCAGUGCAUAGAAGAAUGUGAGGCAAGAAUAGAAAUUGGACUUCACUAUAACAUCCCAUACCCAAGACCUAUCCAUCUGCCUCCUAUGGGCCUUGCCCACAAACAAGGCCGUACAUUGCGACACCAGGAAAAGUUAAGGAAGAUUUCUAAGCCAAUAUAUCUGAAAUCCCAUGAUGAAGUUUCAUAAGCCACCAAUUUCAUUUAAGCUGUGGUGUGUAAUCACAUCCUUUAAACUGUGAACUGCAAUCCAGGUGAUUUGUGUGCACGACUGUGAAUAGUGCGGUCACUUGCUCACACAUUUCCUGAGGCCAAAAAGCCAAUUGAUCCAUUGUGUAUGAUGGAUAAGGUUGGUUUAGUAUUUAUUACAUGUCAACCACUGACUUGUCAAUAAAAGUAACACUUUUUAAUGA